CCAGGUGUCCUGCUGAGGAGGAGAUCUACAACUAAAUUAAGAAUGUUUUUGGUAGGAGGUCAAGGGGCUGUUUUAGUUAUGUUUGUGCUGAGUAGUUACUGCAGUGCUGUGCAGGGGGCACACUGCAAUGUGACUGGUGUGUGGGUAAAUACCCUGGGAUCCAUUCUCUCCCUUCAUGCAGAAGGUCUUCACCUCAGUGGCUCUCUGCGCACAUCUGUGGAGGUAUCCCAUGGAGGUGCAGGCGAUGAGAUGACUGGGCAGUUGGUGGGAGUUCUAGGACGAGGGACCCAAGCAACCUUCACCAUGUCUGUGAGAUGGAGUGGAGGUUCUGUCACUGCUUGGGUUGGCCAGUGUUUCCAGACAUGGAAGUGCCCUGUCCUGAGAACCAUGUGGUUGUUGAGAUCUGAGGCUACAGUAGAAGAAGAUAACUGGAAAGCCACCAGGAUCGGGGAAGACCUCUUUUACCCACAGAAGACAUGCCAUGAACAUAAACUUGUAUAAGACUGAAAUAAAAACAAAACCAAACUGAA